GGAGCAGCCCGUCCGGGUCUCCUCCUGUCGAUCACCGGAAGGGGGGCGUGCCCGGCCGGCCGGCCGGCCAAUGGGCUGUGUGUGUGGCGGCGUCUCCAUGGUGACGGGGCUGUUCCCGGGGAGGCUGUGAUGGGUUGACAGGUGCGUGACAGUCGGAGCUCUCUGCAGGCAUGUACGGCAAAGGCAAGAGCAACAGCAGCGUCCCGUCCGACAGCCAGGCCAGGGAGAAAUUAGCACUGUAUGUAUAUGAAUAUCUGCUCCAUGUAGGAGCACAGAAAUCAGCCCAGACGUUUUUAUCAGAGAUAAGAUGGGAAAAAAAUAUCACACUGGGGGAGCCCCCAGGAUUCUUGCAUUCCUGGUGGUGUGUAUUUUGGGAUCUCUACUGUGCUGCUCCAGAAAGACGAGAAACAUGUGAACAUUCAAGUGAAGCAAAAGCCUUUCAUGACUAUAGUGCUGCAGCAGCUCCCAGUCCAGUGCUAGGAAACAUUCCCCCAGGAGAUGGCAUGCCAGUAGGUCCUGUACCACCGGGGUUUUUUCAGCCUUUCAUGUCCCCUCGGUACCCUGGAGGUCCAAGGCCACCUUUAAGAAUACCCAAUCAGGCACUUGGAGGUGUCCCAGGAAGUCAGCCAUUAUUGCCUAGCGGGAUGGACCCAACACGGCAGCAAGGGCAUCCAAACAUGGGUGGGCCAAUGCAGAGAAUGACUCCUCCAAGGGGAAUGGUUCCGUUAGGACCACAGUCUGACCCUUGGUUAUCAUUGCAGAACUAUGGAGGUGCAAUGAGACCCCCACUGAAUGCUUUAGGUGGCCCGGGGAUGCCUGGAAUGAACAUGGGUCCUGGGGGUGGUAGACCUUGGCCAAACCCAACUAAUGCCAAUUCUAUACCUUAUUCUUCAGCAUCUCCUGGGAACUAUGUAGGUCCUCCAGGAGGUGGAGGGCCACCAGGAACACCUAUCAUGCCUAGUCCUGCAGAUUCAACCAACUCUGGAGACAACAUGUACACUUUAAUGAAUGCAGUACCACCUGGACCCAACAGACCUAAUUUUCCAAUGGGGCCAGGGUCAGAUGGACCUAUGAGUGGACUGGGUGGAAUGGAUUCACAUCAUAUGAAUGGAUCAUUAGGCUCAGGAGACAUGGACAGUAUUUCCAAAAACUCUCCGAGUAAUAUGAGCAUGAGUAAUCAGCCUGGCACUCCCAGGGAUGACAGUGAGAUGGGUGGAAACUUCUUAAACCCUUUUCAGAGCGAGAGCUACUCCCCUAGCAUGACAAUGAGUGUGUGAUCCGUUAACAAGUCUCGCCAUGAAGACCACAGUGAGUUGGCCCUCUUCAGAGAGCUACUGCAGAAGAAAAUUAUUCGUCCCAGUGUACAGUUUAACAAAAGGAUCUCAGACACAAUCAGACCCACCAUUUUUUUUCUACCAUCUCCCCUGUUUUGUCAAGAAAGUGGGCCCCAAACAUGAUUGAGACAACUGUAAAGAGUGGCAUAACAGAACUGCCCAAGAUGGAACUGCAGACAAUUAUCUGUGUAUGUACAUGUGUGGGUUAAUGUAUAUGUAUGUGUGUGUGAUAUAGAAAUACACACAUACAUAUAUAGAACCACAGGACAUUGUAAAAUAUUAUCCCAUGACAUCUUAAGUAGAAAUGAGAAGUAGGGACUUUUAUUCCAUCUUUUUUUUUUUCUUCACGUUUACAUUUUAAUUAUUAAAAUUUGCUUUCCCUCUCCCCUCCUGAACUGUUUUAUGUUGCUUAUAUCACUGCUUUAUAAGUUAUUUUUUAAGGUGAACUCAAAUGAUAAAUUCUUCUGAUUUUGUAAAUGUCUGCCAUUAUGGAUAGGAAUAAAAUUGCUUAUAAGAGCUUUCAUUAACUUGUGUUUGAUACCAGUUACCCUAGGAAUCACAAACUGUACUGUCUCAAGAAAUAGAAGAAAGCUCAUCUUAAUUUUUUGGAGAAAUUUAAUAAUUUUCACCUAGUUUGGUGAUUUUUUUUUUAUACUUUGCCUCUAAAAAAAGAAGCACUGAAGUUUAUUUUUCUUCUUUAAUUGAAGCCUAAAAUCUGCAAUAUCUAUUUUAAAUGGAAGCCUGAAUUUGAUACAAGCUUCUCAGUUUAUAUAGAGUACUAUAAGGUUACUGUAAGUGAGCUCCAAUUGGUAUAGAAUCUAGCAAUAAAGUGUCAGGGCUUCUCUUGCCCUUGGAAAUGAGUUUUCUAUUUAGCAUGAUCUUCUCUAGGGGAGGUAGUUAGUGGAAAUACAGUAGAGUCCUUAUCACCGAAACCUUUUCUAACAAUUUACUAUUAUGUUUCCCAUUUUCAGUGAUUCUUAACCGAAUUGUAACAAUCCAUGGUCCUAAUGAUAAACAGUAUUUCCCAAGCGCAUUCAGAAAAUCAGAUCACCCUGCUACUUGGGUGUGUAUUUUUCACCACAUCUACCAGAAUGAAUUCCCCCAAAACUUUCCAGUAAACGGUCUUUUUUUUUUUUUUGAGCCAAAGUGGUGGAGUGAACUUUUUAUGACUACUAGCCUUGCAAGGGUCUUACCUUUUGCCACGAACAAAAGAGGAACAAAGGUCUGGGCCAUUUUAUAAGGAGGUCAGCCUAUUAGACAUGGAAGCCGGGGACAGAAUGGAGAAAAGGCAUAUGGUGUUAAAGGAAAUGCUUCCGGAAGCAAUCCCAUGUCUCUUCAGGCAAAGCUCUAAAACCAAGAUUAUGGUACAUUUAGUUCCUAAUGACUUCCAGCCCCCCCAAGAACACAAAAAAGUUUUCAGUUGUGUAAUGAUCAAAAGGUUGAUGAUCAGCAAAUGCGGGCACAAAGUGGCUGAACAAAAAUUCAUGCCACAGACCAAAAGCUAAGUCCACUCCUUGGACUUCACAUAUAGAAGAGCCACUUACAUACAAGGAGCAGUUCUGAGAUGUGGUAUGUCCAUGAAGUCUUGCAAGGAGAUUUUUUUCAUGAACUUGAGGUGGAGAAGUGUGUGUAUAUAAUGUGCUCAUUGUGAUGGUAGCUGCACAUAAUGGGACGUGUAAGGAAUACUGCAAUCUCCUAAAUCAUUUUUAUUUACAUAUAUUACAUAUAUAUAAUGUAUGAAAAUAAAAAGGUGUAACACUUUUUACUCUCUUGUUAGGGCUAUUCAAAGGUGGAACUCUUGAAGGCUUAAAAUUACGUUAAGGUAUCAAAGAUUUUGAUAGCAUUACUUUUUAGUAAUAAUACCUACUCUGAUUAAUUUUAAAUAUAAACUAGAUAGUCAUUAUAUGGUUUUGUGGACUUUAUUCCCAGUGAUUAUGAAGGUGACAUUCAUUUGCUUAUCUUUGGAAAACACUUUGUUGCUAUCUCAAAAGAUGCUGGAAGCCCCUACUAUUGAUUCGAGUUAGAAAAACACAAAAUGACAUCUAAUUUCCUCAGACCCUUUGCUGUUGUCACUAAUACCACUGGUUUCAGUAGCUGUGUCCCCAGUGCACCCCAGCUUCUCCCAUAACCACUGCAGAGUCCAGGUGUCCUUGCAGCCUGCAUUUGACAUCUAUAUUAUCCUUGGUAGCCUUCUAGAAAGGUCUUCAGGAGCCUUUUCUGCCCAGUUUCAGUCAGACGAUGUCACUGCUGCUGGACUAAGAUAGAUGGGCAUGUCUGGACUGUGCAUCAAGUGCCAAAGCCCAUUCAUUCACGCACCAGGUAAGUGUGCCCUCGAGUGGGCUCUUAAACCGUUGAGUGCAUCUGGGGUCUGUUCUGUAUCUCCUGGGGAAGCCCCUGUACCGUCCCAUGCCAAGCUGGGGUCCCUGCAGGCAAGCAGUGUGUCCAGGGACCGCACAACAGCCGCCCGUGCUGGCACCACUGAGGGCUCUCUUACAAGGCAGAGGACAUGCCGCCACUGAAGCUUCAUACCGUGGCAAAAUUAAGCAGAAUUGGCACUUAGUAUUAAUCAGAGACUUGAUUUUUUUUUUUUUUCUUUCUGCAUUUGGCAUUAUCUGCAGUAUUUUAGCUUGUAGGCACCUGUUAAGGAUGAAAGCCUGACCAUUAAAUUAAACCUGUCCAAAGAAACCCCUUAAAUGGAACUGCCAACACAUACUGAAUAUCAUUAUAAACUAUGUUAUCCUAAUUUAUAUACAAGAGCAUAACGUCUUUUCAGACACAUAAUUUCUCUUCUGUAGUUCUUUCAAACUCCCUUCUAUACAAUUUUUCUUACUGCCAAGAAAGGUUUAUUUCUUUCUUUGUUUCCCUUUUCAUUUCUUUUUCAAAACAUUUGUAUCAUUAAACAUUGUUGCAUUGAUCCUGCAGCAUUAAUCUUGGUAAAUACAUUCCUGGCUUCAAAAUUAACAGGAUCAGGCCCUGCUUCUCAUAGCCUGUCAUUCUGUGCCCUGACAUUGCAAGUUACCAGGUAUGCCCAGCACUUCUCGUAACUGACAUAGUGCCACAGACCGGUGGAAUAAAAGGUGUGUGAGCUUGCAAAAUUUUAGAUUUGGAAGAUCUGCUUCCUCACUGUAUCUCUUAUAGUUAGAAUUUUAAUCAGAUAUAAGGAAGCCUAAUCAUCUUGCUUUCUGUAGGGAAUGCUUAUAUCCCUGUGCUUACAUACAUGUGUAAAGUUAUUUACAUGUGCACUGGUAGGAUCAGGUGAUAAUAACCAUACAUAGGUUCUGCAGCUGUACCAUUAGAAAACAAUCUUACGUGUCAAAUACUCAACUUCAAAAAUUGUAAGUAUCCCUUCGGAUUUUUUUUUUUUAAAUAUGCAUUGCACUUUUUGCUUGUUCAUUUGUUUUCUUUCUUUUGCUUAUAAAAUCUUGUAGGAUUUUCAUCAUAUGUAGAGUAUUAAUGUGGAAAGAACUAUUUCCAAGCACUGACUUUUUACUCCUGCUUAUGUUUCUAAUGCACUAGAUACCAGUGUGUAAUGUCCCUGCUGUUUUUAUCAGUCCUUAUGCAACAGCAUUAUUGAUAAUGGCAGAACUUGUCCGGCUCUGGGAGGAAUUUUAUUUUAAGCAGUGCAGUAUAUUUUUUCCACACUGGGUUUUUAGAUACUUUUCUCUCUUUAAUACAGGAGUAAAUAGAUGUGAUUCUGUAAGUGGGUCUUUCAGGCAAGGUUAAAGUAAGACUUUUUAAAAACAGAAGUGAUGAAAUCUUAGAGAAGCAGAAAUAGGGACUAAUGGAUCUUUCAUGCUGUGAGAACUCUGGCAAAUAUUCUGCCCUUGUAGAAAUCAGCUGAAAUUGGGAUUCAGUUGUAAAUUUCACAGUGAAACCAGUAUUUUACCUGCUGCAUAAACCUAUGAAAAGGAGUAUUUGUAACCAGAUUUUAUCUCCAUGUCACCCAGAUUUUAUCUCCAUGUCUAAGUCUUGUGUAGGCAACAACAGGGUGUAGGGCAAGGAGGAAGCUGUAUGAAUCACAUGUAAAGCAUGUGACCUGACAUGUGCGUUAAAAAAAUACCUCGAUAUUUGCACGUAUGGGUUGCAUUAUUUUCUUAAUUGCCUGAGCAUGAGGACGAACUGCAGCUGCAUUCCAUGUUCCCCUCCUCCACUGUAGAGUGAGUUUGGUGCAUGUAAAAAACAUGGCAGUAACCUUGAGUUGAGUCUUUGGCACGCUGUGUGCUGCCCAGUGGCAUGGAUGUGCCUCAGCUUGACUCAGGGGCAUCUCAGAGUGACAGCCCCCAGAACAGAGGGUCAUCCAUCAGUCUGUGGCUGAGGCCACACUUACCAUUUUUUAUUUGGAAGCCUUCUGGUUGCAGAGCCCAGACUCAGAGACAGUAACAGCUUUCAGACUUACCAGCCAGCUCCCCUUAAUAUAGGAUUAAACGCCCCAUGUCCCAGGGCAUCCAGCUGUUGCUUUCCCUUGGAAUGGGAAUACGCAACAAGAAAUACAUAGGCUAAUUAUUUAUUUUAAAUAAUUCAAAUUAGGAGGAAUUUAACAGAAUCUUGCUUCUUCAUGGAUAGCAAUUCAUGUGUCAGAAGGGCAGCUUCUUCAAAUGGCUAAAAAUCAUUUGAAUUUUCCCCUGUUCUGUGGCUAGCAAAUGAAAUACUGCAUGUAACGAUGAUUUGGAAUUAUAUGGGUGAUUUAAUGAGGGACCAGCUGUUAGAAUAUUCACUGUUGAACAUUUUAUUAUUUUUUUCCCUUUACCAGUCAAAACGAAUUUUCAGCUGAUACAUGUUGCACUGAUUUCUGUAUCUCAGAUCAGUUCACUAUUUGUAAGUGUUAUCUCCUGUUCCUAGUCAGCUCUGAUUCUUUGUUGCUGUUGUGGUUGCUAAAUAUGGACUGGAUUCUUCAAUAUUUGACCCUACACGUUUGCAUUUGGAGAAUGUAAAAUAGAGCUUAAUGAUGUAAAAAAAAAAAAUGAUCAGUACAGGUAAAUUUAUUUUUCUUUAAUUCACUGUAAGUGAUCAUAUAACCAUGGCUCUUGUCCCAGACACACUUGGGUUUGGUUGGGCCCUAAGGAUGGGAAUCCUGACAAAUAGCAUCUUUCAAAUAAACCCCAAGAAACUCUUUCAUCAGUGACAGCUCAUUUCUCUUCAAACUGAUCACACUAAGGAUCUAAUUCAGGAUUUAAUGAUAUGAAACAACUAUAAAAAAUCAGUACACUCAGAGAUAAAUGAGUUAGAUUUAAAUUUUAGUGUAUGCAGCUUCCUCUACUUUCCAGACAUUAUUGGCUCGGUCCUGUAAGCUGCUGCUGAUGCCAGCUGUCCUGCUCAAAUUUUGAUGACACACCUCACAUAAGGUAAUUUUUUUAGUAGGAUUUCACCUUGAUCUGGGUGAAAUAUAUAAUUUAUCUGAGGUGUGACAUUAUUUGUCAGAUACGUAAAAUGAGAUAUAUAAACAGAGGAUCUGGUGAAAUUACCAAAAUGAUGUUUCAGCCUGAAAAACAAGAAAAAAGUCCUUACCUAAAAUACUGCUUUGAGUGCAUGCAUGCAAAUUGUCUGCCAGUGGUGUUAUCCUGGAAACAAAUUACAGUAACGAAUUUAGAGAAAAUAAAUGGAUCACCUACUCAGCACAUUAAAACUCUGAUCCUGCAAACACAUUUGCAUCUGUUUGAAAUUAAGCCUGCACGUAGUUAAAUUUAAACAGAUUUAAGAAUACAAGUAGUAUCCUUCAGGAAAGUGGGACUGCUAAUAUGCUAAAACCAUGCUUGAGCAUGGACAGUCUAGAAGCUCAAAUUAGGUCUUCCCUAAGCAGACAUUAUUUUAAAGAUUUUACCAAUGCAGGAGCAUGUUUAUUUAUCUAGUACUGAUAUGUGGAACAGAUUUGGCUUUCUUCUGUUUCUUAUUUUAUUAGAGCAUUUUUCACUACGUGAGCUGUUUUUGUGAACUUGUCCUUCCAUCUUGUUUUCAGUUGUGCAGCCAUAGUUUCCCUCAACAUAGCUAACAGCUUUGCAAUUUUAUUCCAAACUUCUGUUUGGUCACUGUUCUUCAUUUAAGCUUAAAAUGUGUAAGAAAGCCUCUCAUGUAAUGGGAAAACUUGCCAUAAAAAUGUAUAAAGGUUUUCUUGGGUACCUGUUUUCACAUUUAAUAAAAAUGCAAUUUUCAGUUAUAAUUUGAAAUGGUCACUUUCUAGCCACUAUUUAAUUUCAAUGUGCAAAAGAAACUGAGAAAACAAAUUACCUUUUUUUAUUUAUUUAUUCGAAUUCAGCAUCAUAAAUAUUUGCUGAAAGACGUGGUUUGGGGGAAAUUGCAUCAAACAAAAUGUACUACCUAGUUGCUAUGAAUAAUACAGCUGGACUUUAUGUUGAAAGCUCCUUCCACACCCCCAAAAGUGGAUUGCCUAAUAUCUGAUCUGUACGACUUUGUAAUAGCCUAAUUCACAUAUAGUCAUUUCAUUUGUCUAUUCUGUGUUUUCACUGUAUCUCAUGGAUGAUUCAGGGUGCCCCUUAGCUGUGCAGGGUUCUGUGGUUUUAUCUCUCAGAAGAGUAACCGAGUGGUCAAGCAGGCUUGUUCACAGGGUCUGGUAAUUAAGGACUGGAUAAUAUAUCCACCAGGUGUGCACUCAGAAACAAGGUAUUCAUAUGCUACCUCGCUGUUCUCUUGAAAACUUGUACAAGUCUUCUUGCAGUUAGGUAUAAGGCUCCCUUAAGAUUUUACAAUGCCAAGACAAGAAGCUUAAUUUUGCUAAGAAAAUUCUGGCAGUUUAGCACCAGUUUUCAUAGGGAAUCAGCACAAAACAUGGGGAUUUUGAAAAGUGAUGCAUUUUCUUAAUAACCUAGGUGUACUAGGAAAUAGACCAUACAAUUUAUAAGUUUGGUCUGUUACAGACACAUAUAUACAGUUCCUCAGAUUAGGAGGGAAUUAUAACAAUAACCAUGACCAAACCUAUGUUUGUCCCUGUAGAGUGAAAUCAUCAGUAAUCGCUUUUGAUGUGAAGAAUUAUUGCUAUGGAACAACUGCUCCGAUCCUUGAGGAGCCAAAUUAUCAACUGGAUGAACUGGAUAUUUGUAGGCUUUAUUUUUGUUGUUUAACCUUCAUGUUUUUUCUCUCUCAUUUGGAUUUUCCCAAUAAAUGUACCAUGCCAGAUCUUUGCACAAAAAUAAGAACAAUUUGCCCAAUAAACAUACAGAAAGUUGUUCCCAUCUGUAACUAGAGCCCUACUGUAGAGAGUUUCUUUCAUUGGAGACACCGAGUGUAACAACAAAUAAGGAGUGGCAGUGCAAUAUCCUGAGAGCUCGUACUGUUCGAGAUUAAGAAAGUUAGCAUCUCACAGACUCAUGCAUUAGGUGAGAUGAACUCUAACAAUGACAUAAAACAGCUUGAAACAGAAGCUGAUGUUUGCCAUGCAGAUUGGAGGAAAAUAAAAUCCAAACAGAGCGUAUUUAAUUGAAGUAGAAAUUUACUAAAGCUAUAAUUUACUAGGAGAGUUUGAAAAGUGUGUUGCUGAUAACAAGCUUGUGAGCAGCAAAAGUGGUAGCUAGGAUUCAGUAGCUGCUCUCUUUUUUAAUGCAGAGGUGCAUCCUGCAGAGUCUGUAAUCCCCAGCAGAGAGGUUGGCUUUCUUGAUCUAGGCAGGUUGUGGACCAGGGGCUGCAAUAUCGAUGGGCCACACCUUUAGUUACAGGUGAGCAAAGUGCAGGUGCCCUUCCAGCGGACGUCAAAGUCCAUCUCUAACAGGAGCACAGAGCAUGUCCAACAGUUUAGUGGGAAAGAAAAGCAGUGUUUGCUAAAUUAUGUAUAAACAUGACGUUCAAAAGCAGGUAUAAGCUGUUCCCCAGUGUAUUUUCAUUUUUCUGAUUAACUCCUAGUUUUGAUUUGAUUUACAUUUACAUUGAUGAUUAAGGAAGAGAAUACAAGUUCCUAAACAAGGGCUGAAAUACAGACAUGGAAGAGUGGCAUGAGUAAAGUGGAAGCUGGAGCUUUCUGUUAGUUGAGAAUCAAGUAAAUUUUUUUUUUUCCAGGACAAAAAGCAUCCAUACAAAAAACUUUUUUAGCCUUGUAGUGGCUAUUUGAGAAGUGUGAAUCAAAAUGCUGUUUAUGCUUAGAGACCAAUUUUCACGGCUUUUUUUGUGGCAAGUAUCCCCUGGCAAAAAUGUUGUGGUGCAUCUAUUUUGUGCAUGUUUGCCUAAAACCACAAAACCAAACUUUUUUAUGGACUGCUGUACAUGCAUCUGGCAAACACUUGUUUCUGGUGGGAAGAGGAGGAAGAUUUAAUAGCUGGUGGGUCAGCAUAUUUAUGUGAAUUACUUAAAGCAUUGCUAAACUAUUGUCAACUUUGUUCACAUUGCACAAGAUACUCUGUGUAGUCUACUGCUGGCAUUAUAACCUCAGUGAUCCAUGCAUAUUCUGUAAAUUCCUGUAGGUUAUGUGUAAGAAACCUUGUCACCAUUGCUUACUACUGUAAAUUCUUGUUUUGAAGCAAGAGGUGGCUUUUGAUUGUACAGCCUUGUGUAUUAUAUACUACAACAGUACUUGUUCUGUUAUCAAAACUUGCUGUUCACAUAUAGUUAAAGCUUUGUUAAGCACGCUUAGUGGUUUCAGAAUUUAUUUCAAACAGCAGAUAUAUAAGCCAUUUAGAGGAAUAUUAAAUAUAACAUAAGAGAAUUCGACCCAGUUCAUAUCCUUUUUGAGAGCUUGGGGUUGGAUUUUAGCAGACAACAGGCAGCUGCAGGUUAGCACAUUUCGUGGCUCUGUGCCGGCUACGCAGUGUUCGCUUUCCAACUGCAGGCACCUGCAAGCCUGGGAGAUCAGACCCUGUGCAGUGGAAAGGAAGUCUCUCCUCUUGCUGUCCCCCAGCCAAGGCACCUACAGGACCUUGGGAGACUGUCGCAGAGAGACGCGCCAGCCUGCAUGCUUCCUUGCGCUAAGUGAGCAAAGACAUACUAGCUUUUCCUCUGGUGUUUUUUGUUUGGUUUGGUUUUUUUUUUCUGAAAAACUGCAUUGGUGCCAGGACAGAAACCCACCUCUAAGGGUAUGCAGGGGGUAAAAUACUGCCUCCGUAUUGUGCCCUUGUCCCCAGCUAACACAGAGUUUACAUGAGGCAAUGUUUUAAGGAGAAUUUAAUUUUUUGUCUGUUUAUUGAGAGAGAAAAAUAAUCUGAAUUCUUGGACUCUGGCUUCUUUUUUAUUAGUAUUUUAUGAUGUACAGCAAAGCCCUGCAAAUGUGUGUGUGUUCUUUGCUGGUUUCUGACAUCAAAAAUUCCUGUCCUGUCUAGACGAAAAGAUGAUGAUGAGAAAAGUGAAAAAGCUGGGAAAGUUGAAGGGGAUUCUUAUGGAUUAUUUUAAGUUCUGUUUUAUUUGGUUUUAUUGAUAGUUUAAAUGACUAGCUUAAUCUUUUGAAUAAAGGCAGUCUUUGUUAGCGACUUCACACCUUCACCCUUUCAUGUAAGGCUUUGAGUACUCGCCAUAAAUGUUCCUCACACUUUCAAGCCAAUCCAUAGAUAAAUUCCCUAUAUUUCUAAGGUCAAAAAAUGUUUCUACAGAUUACCGCAGCCCUUUACAGAGAACAACAGGUCAGUCACAAUCCCUUAAUCCCAAGUAUUUGCAGGUCACGUUUAAACAAUUAGGCAGGUGUGUUUUAGACAAAAGAAUGACUUUCAACAUUAUAAAUGAAACUAAUGUUCAAACUCAGUCUCUGGAAGUAAAGAAACCCUCAGUAAUUUUCCAAACCAGCAGGAAUAAAAUUUGUCAAUAUAAAUACUAAUGUAGGAAAUACAUGCAAAACUUGAUACUGCCUCCGACCUUAAGCAUUCAUAUUGAUAGUAUUGGGGGUCUCACAAAGUUUGUGUGUUUCAGAACAGCUGUAUUUCUCCUCAGUGUGUGCUUCAUUUUCAUUAUUGACAGCUACUGCAAAGAGUCAAUCCAUGCCAUGCUGAAAGAGUUCAAAAGCAUGGCGAUACAAAAUUGCCACAGCAUCAUAAAUACAGGGAGGUGUGGGAGUGUUGUGUUAGGAUGAGUAACCACUCCAACUGCAGACUUCUCCGGACCUUAUGUGUAACUUUUCUGUAAGUCGGAGGAGGGACAGAAGAGGGGAUGCUUCUGGAAGAUUGUAUUAUGGCAUCAAUUGCCCUCUCCACUGAUGAAUCCUGCAUGCUUUUAAAGGCAUACAAUUAGGUGGAAUAAAUCCAAGGGUUUAUAUUUAGCUUCACAUCCCUGUACACAGAAGUGUACUUAUUUGAGCCUGGUAUGGGCAAGAAUAACGCAGCUCCUACGAACCUGAAUCUGAGUGGCUUCCAAAUGAGUUUCUGAAUCCUUCAAUCUCAAACAUGAAAUUUCUGCCCCAUAUUUGCUAUUUUCUUUGUCUUUAUUUUUUUAUAAACAGGUGUAACUUCAACUAUCUUGUUUGAACAUUUCUAGAAGGUUUACACCUGCCUAGAAAUCCUCACCUUUAUUUGUUAUGUGGGCUCUCUCACUCUUUCCCUGCACUGAUUCAUUCAUUGAAUGCAACACAUGAAGAAACCAUUGCAUAGAUCAAUCAACACCAGCAAUAGCAUAUGCUGCUUUUAAAUUCAGCUGUGAGGUUGUAACUAAGGUAUUUAUGUUCAUACGUUCUAGGGAUGGCUAAAGAUCGCUUUCCAGAGAGUUUUAAGGAAUAGAUCUAGGAGCUCCUAAUUCAGGCUUGUGAGAAUACAGGUAGUAAUGACAGUUUAUGGGGUGGGUUUUUUGGUAAACUUGUGGGAAAUUAUGAUUUCACAUGCUGGUUUGGAGAUGAGGAAAGUAUCCAGUUUUGGAUGGACCAGAUCUUUGCAGACUAGUGUUACUGCAGCUUAGCAAAACCCAUUUAUAGCAGGUUCCACCUCAGGCUUGCACCAUACACCUACCUUAUUCUAGUUCAGCUUGUUGUGAUUCUUCAUUAACUGCUGGUACGAAAUCAUAACAGGAGUUGUACCAAUUCUUGUUGUGAGCUGAGGAACAGCUGUUUAAAAAUACGAAUGUUGUAACUUGCACCUUUUCACCUUCAUGAAGUGUCCACAUUCUCACAGCUGGGCCUGAGACAGCAGCUGCCUCCAAAUUUGCCAUGUAACUUCAUCACACAAAAGUGGGUGUAGUUUUUUUGUGAGUUUAACAGGAGUGGUAUUGAUACAUUUGCUGUGUUUCCCAAGUUGUGAGUCAUUCAGUGUAGAAAAUGAUAUGCAUCUCAUGUACCUAUGAAUAGAAAAAUUGAGAAUCGUUUUUUAUGAUAUGCUAGUACAGUCCCUGCUCUGCCUCUCAAUAUUUUGAGUGCUGAACUUAACCAAAACAUUAUCUUCACAGAUUAUCUUAGCCUCAUCUCUGCAUGAAAAAGGGUAUGAAUUUCCAGUUACUGUUUCUGUGUUCUCUGUGAAUUCUGGGCCAAAGGUAAAACAGUUGCGGUGGUAGCCACCUACUGACAACUUUUCAGAUGCAUAAAGCCAUUCUCUCUGUUGUCUGACACUCUUCCAGUUUUCUUAGUGGAUCACCAUGUUCUUGAAUAUCUUGAUAGGUAUUGUCAGCCAAUGGAACAAAGAUGGACAAGCUCACCACCCAGGAAGGCUAGAAAUGUAGCAAGUAAUGAGCUAUCUUCUCCAGCAAUCAUUUAUUUUUAGUGCUUAACUUUCAAUCAGCAUUUGUAUCUUCAGUUAUUAUUUUGCCAUUCAGUAUCUUGAGGUGGUAUAAGCAAAAAUAUAUGAAUAUAUAUAAUUUAUAAGAAAUAUAGGCUUGUGUUGUGCCUUUGUAAUACUCUUCAGCUUCAGUAUCUAUAAGCUAUGAGCAGACAAACUUCUUCCCUCUUUUGGGGUGUUCUUUACUACAUAGUAGCUGAUGGCUUCAUUAGUACUGGCUAUUUGAGUCUUCUGGGGAUAACGUUUAUGUUUUCCCUGGUGAAAAUGCCAUAGUAUUCUCACCAGACAUAAGCACAAUGACAUAUCACUGCAGUGCAUGCUGUCUCUUAGCUUCUCUCUACGCGUGCUUGCAUGUUGGAAAUUUAGAAAUGCUGCUGUAUAAAUUGCUACAUUGUUUACCCAAUACAGGUGUUUUUCUGCAUCCCUUUUUUGCUCAAAACUCCCAUUAACUUGAAAGUUAGUGAUGGCUUGAAAGGGGGUUUUGGAAGCACAAAGGAUGCAGGGAGCAACUCUUCAGUAGUUUACAGGCUGCUGUAAAUUGUCUUCUCAGCAAAAAAAUGUAGCAUUUUAGCAGUAACUUCCUAGUGAAAACACUGAGCGUGCUUAUCACUUGAGAUUUUAAGAAAAAAAAGGUGUCAGACUGUGUAAUUGUAUCUCAUCUAAUUUUGGCACAACCAGUAAUAUUUGAUGAGGUAUGAACCUCAGUUGUGUCUACAUGUUCAUGAUCUACCGACCAACUGAAAGGUGAACAGCCAUGUUUUAGUAUCACAGCUACACAAGAAAUCACAGUUUUCAAGAGGUUCUGUUUUGACUUUGUUUCUUUAAUACAUUUUCAGCACGGAAGUACUUUUCUGUAUAGUUACCUGAGGCUUCCUUUCACCAACCAAAAGAGUCUGUAGCCUUCUGCACUGUGAAAGGCAAGCCCUGUGGAGAAAUGUGGGCUUUGCGCUUGCCCGGCAAAUUAGCAGAAAUUUCAUCCAAGCCAUAAAAGCCUCUUAUGUUAUUCUGUGUUUAUGUAAUUAAAGCAAUUACAGAUAGGAGCUUCAGGAAUAAUGAGAUCUCUCUGUCCUCUUGUUUUACUCUUUCUCUGUACUUCAUAGGGAUUUCAGAGUUCUUUUUUCAAGGCUCAGCUGUGUCUCUUUAAACCAGUGCAGUUUAAUCAUCGUGUGAGAUUCAGUUUAUGGAGAUAGCAUUGGAGCGUGAAAGAUUUACUUUCAGUAGCAAGGAGUAAGGCAUGUCCCUGUGGACAUGGACAUUGCAAGCAAGUCUGACACCAAGAAUAAAAAAAAUCAAGAUGGUACCAGUACAUCAGACUCUGUACUACAGUGGGUUUUUUAGCCUUUGUCAUUUGUAUUUUAUUUUGCAGGAGAGGAGUUGGGGAAUCUCAGAUCACAUGGGGAAUUUUAGAAGUAUAUCACUCAACAGUCAUUUUAUAAAGUAUAACUUCAAAAUGCACUAUGAUUUAUUACAAAAAUAUAUUUUCUUCUGUUUGCUGACAUGGUUGUUCCAUUUUGUGAUAAGUUAAAACUCAGCAGUUAAUUUGUUGCACUGCCUAGCUGCAUGAAUUCAUCCAGUGUACAUAUGUACCUGUGCAGCAUUACUUUGGGUUUUGUAUUUGAAUUUGCAGUAUUGAUUAUUAUUUUUGUAUUUUACUUUGCCUCUGUUAUUGGAAUUGUAGUAAACAUAAUUUAUACAUAUGAUUUUACAACUGUUUUGGAACUGAAAAGUCUUCUUUAAAUUGUAAAGUUUUAUUGAUGGAUACUCAUUAAAAUGGUAUAAGAAUUA